AUGAAUCGCAAGAAUAGUGGAAGUUUUUUUAAUCGACUCAGCGCCGUUAUGUCAGCCGGGACGACAACGAACGAGAUGAAGGCCUGGCGUGAGAUCUUCGAAAAGGAGAGGGGGCAACAGCGGAAAUGGAUCCAGAAUGCGUUCGAAGAGUAUAAGAAAAGCGGCAAAAGGCUGAAACCUCGAUACAAGUUUGACGGCCGUGGGUCUACUAUAUGGAUCGGUCUUAAUGCCGAUCCCUGCAAGGCCAAGUACCUAGCCAAGUUUGAUCUUGGAACGAGUGAUGAAGCUGAUCCCACGGAGCCCUUCCCUGCACCCAAGAGCUCAGCUGUGAGGUUUUUGGAACAGAGGUUCGCUCUCUCACCGUCACCAUACUGUGAGUUUUCCACGAAGAAGAUCCCUCGGGGUGAGCUAUUGGCACGAGAGCCCUCAGACGCUGUCGGGGAGGAACUCCUUGUCCAUGGCGUUAGUAGUGAGGAGGAGGGGAAAAGGGCCUACCUAGAUUUCAGAAGAAGGACCACGGGGCCACAGCAAAGAUGUAAUGGGGUCCCUGUUACUACAGCUAUGGAAGUAGGAUGGACAGUGCCGGCUGAAGGGGAGGCUCAAACUAGGAAGAGAACCCUCUCAGCAGGAGCUUCUGAGGGCAAUGCUAGAGGCCUGAUGAAAGCCACAUUUUACCGUCCCAAGAUUGCCGGUCAUGGUGUGCAUCGUCGAGAAGAUGCCGGCGCCUUGGCAUACUCUUGA